AAGGUCAUGACAAAGUGCAGCGACGAAGACUACAAGGAACGCACCGUUCAAAAGGAGCCCGCGGAGACGAAAAGGGCCAUGAAGAGAAUCCGCAAGAUCGCGCUCAAGAAGCCCGUCCUACGCCCGCCGUCCGACGCGUCGGUGCGCAAGAGGCCGCCCGCCGCAGCGGCGCGCAAGGAGCCUUCCGCCGCAGCCAUCAAGAAGCAGGCGAAAUACCGCAGCAAGAGCAAGGCGGUCCGCCGCAUGCACCACAAUCAUGGCUGGCCCAUGGUCCUCACACCAGAGGGGCGGAUCAUGGCUGCGAUCGACCAGCAAAACCCCGAGGGCAACGGCGUGGCGGCAGUGGCACUGACGCGGGCCCUGGAGAAGCAUCCCAACGUGAUCACAUUCGUGUACGACGGGUGUUGCUCCUUCUACGGCAUCAACACGCAGGUCGCUGAGCAGUCCUUCUCGUGGUUCAGGGCAUACGCGCGCCCGCUGAAUGAGAUGGUGCGCCUGAGUAACAAGUUCCUUGUCCUCUCUUUCGCGAAGCUUCACGGCGCCUACGUGGAGGAUCAUAACUUUGAGUACAUGCCGCCC